AAGACUCCAGCCAGGCCAUCAGGCAGUCUUGUCAGUGACUUGUCCGAGGUCGGUAGUUUUGUGGUGACGAAAUCGAAAGUGAUCCGGUUUCAUUCUGCGGGUGCAUUGUAAUCCCUUCAUUGAGUAAUAUCCCGGGAUUGUUGAGUAAUACUUUGAAAUUAGGAGAUCGCGAUGCGUGGAAUCGGAAUGACCAGUUAUGUUGUGCAUUUUUCCAAUCGGUACAAAAAUAUGACUGAGGGAGCAGAUCCCAUAAUCGACAGCUGGCCCCUGAUGGGUUCACCCGGUCCGGUGCUUUCGAUUGCCCUCUUCUACCUGCUGUUCGUACUUCAUCUUGGACCCCGCUGGAUGCAACGCAGAAAGCCGAUCGAGCUCAAGGGAACGCUCAUUCUGUACAACGCAGCCCAGGUCGUCUGCUCGACGCUUCUCUGCGUGCAGCCAUUCUUCAUCGGUGGAAUCGGGCGAAUGUUCAACGUUUCCUGCAACGACACAAGCGAUUUGGAUCGCGAUCUUCAGCUCACGAUCUGGAAGGGAACCUGGUGGUAUUUGGUGCUGAAGGUGAUCGAACUGCUGGACACGGUCUUCUUCGUGCUGCGUAAGAAACAAAAUCAGGUAUCAUUCCUGCAUGUCUAUCAUCACACCAUAAUGGUCGUCUUCACUUGGGGCUACCUGAAGUAUCUGCCAGGCGUCCAAGGUGCGUUUCUGGGAAUCCUGAACUCGUUCGUGCACAUCGUCAUGUAUACGUACUACCUGAUAGCUGCCCUGGGACCUCGCUACCAUAAGUAUCUCUGGUGGAAGAAGUACAUGACGACCCUGCAGCUGACUCAGUUUGGCAUCAUGCUGAUCUAUCUGGUGCUCAUCAUCAGCUUCCAGUGUAGCGUUCCCCGAUCGCUGACGUUUUUCUUCGUCGGCAACGUGAGCAUCUUUCUGUUUUUGUUUUGGAACUUCUACAGGAAGGCUUACAGCAGUAGCAGCAAAGGCGGAAAACCGGUCCCGGCGAGCCACCUAAAGCGGCACUGAUUCCACGUGUCGUCUGGGUUGGGUUGUUUACGCGAAUCAAUUUAUUGCUAUCGAAAUAUAUUGAACCUACAACGGUUCCUUUUAUUUAUUUAUGGAA